AUGCAACAACCAGAGCGUGUUAGAUACUACCGCUCGCACCGCAAAAUACCUGCUGAGGAUUAUGAACUCUUGUUGACAUUGCAUGAUAUUAACCUGUCAAAUUCAGAUUGCAUGAGUUUCCUUGGUAGGAUACAUGGAGGUGACCCCAGGAUACUGCCAUAUGUGAAGAGGGAUGUUGUGAAUGAACGUGCCAAGCUUCAGGAAGCGAUAACACAACAAGACAUGGAUAUGACAGUGAAGUACUUUGAGAGGAGGAAGGCCGAGAAUCCAGAGUUUUUCUUUGCGAAGCAAAAAGAUCCUGCCACGAACUUUGUGACUGCAUUGUUUUGGGUUGAUGGGAGGGCAAGGGCGUUGUACCCGAAAUAUAAAGAUUGCGUGUUCUUUGACAUAACUUUCUGCACCAACAGAUACAACAUGCCCUUUGGUCCUAUAGUUGGUAUCAACAACCACCUCCAAACCAUUUCACUCGGAUGUGCCUUGUUGCCGGAUGAGAAUAUUGAAACGUUCAAGUGGGUCUUUGAGCAAUGGAUGGUUGUAAUGGACAAUGACCAUCCAAAGAACAUAAUGACUGACCAGGACCAAGCAAUGGCAACAACUAUAGAGUAG